AUGGAACCAAUGCCUGGGGCGGAGCCAACGCGCGAUAGCGGUGGCGACGGCGACGGCGGCGACGACGACGACGUCUUCGACGCUCAACGACGAGGACGCUUCCUAAAUCCUAGUAAUCCUUGCACGACUUCACCGACACCACGGAUAACACGGAUGUUAGAGUCGGAAGAGACGAAACAACAACGAUGCAGGCCAUGCAGAUACGGACCAGAUGGGGAUUCCAGAAAAAACGAGUGA